AUGGCGGAAGAAAUUCUCAACGAUUCAUUUCCAGAUUUGAAAGAGCUGGAAAAUAAAGUUGGCAGAAAAACACCGGAAAGUCUUCUGGUUUGGAUGAAGGAUGCUGCGGACUGCGGUGAUUGUUGGAGCUCUGAUAUGGGCGAGAGGAGCGAGAAUGCCUCUGCCUUCAGCGACAGCUUCUCUGACAAAAUCAGCAACUUAAAACAAGAGAUGAGGUGGCUGCGUUCUGCUGAUGUGAGGAUCCUGCGCCAGCUGGUGGCCGUGCACGAGGGUAUCGAGGCCAUGCGUUGGCUGAUGGAGGAGAGGGGUGCCUUAGCCAGCCGUGGCAGCAGCUUGACAGGAAGUUUGAGCAGCCUGGUGACUCUGGAGGAUCCCGGGGCCUCAAUGUCUCCCUGGAGGGAAAGCCCAAGUCCAACCUGCCUUUAUGAUUUGGCUGAAACCGCUGGUGAGGAAUCAACAGAUCAUCCACCCAGCACUGGCAAUGAUCCAUCAGACCGCAAAAGCUACUUCAACGUGCUGUGCCCAGAAUCAACUGAAGCAAGACUUCCAAGUCCUCCCAACUCCAAAUAUGAAGUCAGUUUUUCCACACAGGCAUCGUCCACUCCUGCCAACGGUUUGGUUAGUGCCAAUUUACCGAAGUCACAACCACAGGACUCAGAUGCAGCUCCAUCGCAGGACAUCAAAGGUGGUGCUGACCCCAUCAGAAGAGCGCUGCAGAGAUCUUGUAAGGCUGCAAGAAGAGAUGUAAAAAUUAGUAGUUUUGCCCUCACUCAACAGUCAGCAAAGACAAAGACAGAGGAACAAACUCUGGAGGGACUCAGUGUUUCUCAGAACAAUAUGACGGAAGAAAACAAGAGCACACCUGAUAGAGAGAACUUUUUGCUGGGUUAUGAUGCUCAGUGGUGCUGGGUGGAGUCACAGGAUGAUGUGACAUUUUUAUGA